GGAAAAGUAAAAAGGAAAAUAUGGCUGAGAAAAAAACAAGGACGCCAGUCACGCCACGUUACCCGAAACGUAAUUCAAAAACUGUUUCCCCAAACACGACAUAGAAAUCACUCGAUCGUCAUUUGACCUCCAUUGCUAUACUCUCUCGAGCGGGGAUCCGAGGAAGAGAGCGAUCCACCAUUCUCCGAUUGGAGCUGAAAAGGAGAAUCCACAGAGAGAUGGGUUGCUCCUUCUCCGGAUUGAACGCCAUUUACGACGCCGUCAACGGCGCCGGCGACGUCUGGAUCAACGAGAACCGUUUCAGGAUCGUGAGGCAGCUCGGUGAGGGCGGGUUCGCCUACGUGUACCUGGUGAAGGAGCUUCUACCCGAUCCUUCGAACCCUUCCAAUGGCAUUGCCGCCAAAAUCAAGGACCCGACUCACGUCUCCGGUGAUGGAACUUAUGCUAUGAAGAAAGUUCUCAUUCAAAACUGUGAGCAAUUGGAGUUGGUGAGGGAGGAAAUUCGUGUUUCAUCUCAGUUUAGCCAUCCUAAUUUACUUCCUCUUCUUGAUCAUGCAAUCAUUGAAGUCAAGGAGGAAAAUUAUGUUAAGAAAAGUUUGAUUUUACUGGAUAGCAGGUUCCUAAAUCCCUCACAAGGUCAAUCCUGGAAACAUGAAGCAUACUUAUUGUUUCCUGUCCAUCUAGAUGGAACAUUAUUGGACAAUGCUAAAGCUACGAAAGCUAAGGAGUUCUUUUCUACCUCGGAUGUACUACAACUAUUUCGUCAGAUGUUUGAAGGAACAUUGUCUGUUGAUGAUUUUCAGCUUUGUGCGGGGCUUAAGCAUAUGCAUUCGUUUGACCCUCCAUAUGCACAUAAUGAUGUCAAACCGGGCAACGUCCUUGUGACAUACAGGAAAGGUCAGUCACCUUUAGCUAUAUUGAUGGACUUUGGAAGUGCUCGUCCUGCACGAAAGCAAAUUCGAUCACGUUCAGAAGCAUUACUGUUGCAGGAAUGGGCUUCCGAACACUGCUCUGCUCCUUUCCGUGCUCCUGAAUUAUGGGAUUGCCCAAGUCAUGCGGACAUCGACGAGAGAACUGAUAUCUGGUCAUUGGGCUGCACUUUGUAUGCGAUCAUGUACGGUGAAUCUCCUUUUGAGUACGCGCUCGAAGAAUCUGGAGGCAGCUUACAGCUGGCGAUUGUAAAUGCCCAAGUAAAGUGGCCAGUGGGUCCCAACCCACCUUACCCGGAUGCCCUUCACCAGUUCGUGAAAUGGAUGCUCCAGCCUCAGGCCACCGUACGACCAUGCAUUGAUGACAUCAUAAUUCACGUGGACAGCUGAUCUCAAAAUUUUCAAAUUGAAGCAGGGAAUUCGAAAACCCGAAUAUUCACGAUUGUUAUACUUUCGACACGUCGGUUAUUAAAGUUGCUCGGUAUUUGUGCGGACCGCGUGAGGUAGAUGUAAGUUAUAUGGAGCAUUUCUCAAAGUGUUAUAAUGUGCUGGGAGGAAAAUUUGGCUGCAGCUUUUGCAUAAUUGAUUGAUACAGGAAUUUGCAGAGUUUGUGUUUAAAUUGAGUCGAUUUUUGUUAUCAGUACUGUACAUGUUUUGAAGUCUACAAACAAGUCGAGAUAUGAAUGGAUUCUAUACGAUAGGUCUGUGCUCUUAGGGCGUGUUUGGAUACAAAUAUAUCCGCUCAA